GAAACAAAUACAAUUUCACUUCUUAUCCUGCAACAAGCUGGAAUCUUUCUCUACAGGAUCAUCCUGCCAAAGAAACUGAAGGGAUUAUCCUAGAUCUGAGAUGGAGACUUUUUCUCUGCUGCUACUCGGCCUGGGGUUGGUCCUUGCAGGAGCUUCAGAAAGCAUAAUGAAGAUAAUUAAAGAAGAACUUUCAGAGGAAAAGAUGAAAUACGGCAUGACAAAAAGUGACCAAGGAAAACAGACCGUUGAGCUAUUAAUGGACUUGACUCUGUUAUAUAGAAAUACCAGCUUCGGCAUGUCCAAGGAUAUUAUGUCUUCCUCAUUACUGACAUUCAGAAGAUUACAUUAUAGCUUCCUUAAGGGAAACAGCCCAGGUAAUGACAAAGAGUAUUGCAAUGACAUGACGGUCUGGAGAAAAGUUUCAGAAGCUAAUGAGUCAUGCAAGUUCAGCAACAACUUCAUCCACGGCUCCAUAGAAGUGAUCCACAGCACCCCCAAGGCCCCCUGCUGCAAAUGUGGACAGAAUGCUGUCAUAAGCUGCUCUGAGAAUGCAGAACUGGAGACUACUAUGUACCAGCUCACUAGAGGCAAACAAUUCCCCAGGUGCCAAUACCACAGUGUUACCUCAUUAAAGAAAAUAUUGGCAGUGCUGACAGGUCAUUCUCUGAUGAGCUGGUUAGUUAGUGGCUCUAAGUUGUAAAUCCCACAGGGCCUUGAGACUGGAGAAAGACAUACUUAUUGUCAUUAUUGUUUAUUGCCUUCUAUUAUCCAUGUCUACCCUUUCAGCACUAUAGUAAACUCUUGAUUAUUUAUACUAAUGGAAGAAAUGAAAAAUCCAAAAUUGUAGAUAAUUCAAUGAAAACUUAUAACUGAUCCUGGAGUGCAGCUACAUCCUCUCUCAUGCAUAAAUACUCACACACAUAGACUUUCUCUGAACCAAGCUGAAUUCCAUCCUAGCUCAGAUAUAAAGCCAAGAAGUAGAGUCCAACCAACUUGUCAGAAUUAAGGAGGGAAGGCCCAAAACCAAUAUAUAUGACUGAAAGUUCAUUGUACUGCCACUAAGACUAUUCAGAGAAAUAGUGAAUGAGCAGGGGGGACAUUGUUAUCAUUGCUUCUCUUCAAAGAAGUGUAUGCGUUGAUGAAUGCGCACAAAUGUGAGCACCCAUCCAUGCAACCAGGGGCCUGCCUGCCCUCUAGAAGAUACCAGAGGAAAAAAGAUUCUUUGGUUUAGUUGCUGCUCUCAGCCAACAACUCUGGCCCUAUGCAGUCUCCAUUCCUCCAUGCUCGUUCCUAUCUAUUUCAUAGGUUGCUACAGAAGGAAGAAAUUGCGAUUUUUGCUAAGAAUAGUCUUGAUUCCCCGAAGCUGUGAGAAGGAAUGGCAAACAACAGAGUAAUAGAGGAGGUAGACGCAUGGGAAAAAGAAAGUCUAUGCCAAGUGCCAGGCAUGAUUAGUCUUCAAUCUUGUUGUUUUCUGAUGUUGUAGGGAUAUUUUUUUCACCAACAAUUGUUUAUUUGUAAGUUCUCUAUGGUUCAACACUCUACAUAAAAUACAGCAGUUAUCUUGUUCAUUAAUGUGUGCCUAUGUGCUCCUGUUUCCUCAUCUUACAUCCUCCCUUCAUGCUGUGACUACUGUUUUUUAAUGUCCUAAUUUUAAAUAAAUGCAUGUAAAUGAAUGUUA